AUGGUUUUAGUGAUGACAAACACUGGGUGUUUGUCGGGUUCUGCAAAUGGAGAAGGAAAGGGUAACGUGUCCCAUUUUAAGCCAUUUUCAGAGUUUUUGGAUAGGUAUAUAUUUGACCAAGAACUAUCUCAGUACGUUCGUGUGGAGUGGUUGUUAUGGGAUAGGACACCAUUUGCAAGAAUAGUAUCCAUCUUUGAUAGAGCCACUGGAGAAAACCUUUGUGCCAAAGUGAUUUACAAGCGAUUCUGCAGUCCUACGGGAUUGCUUGUAUUGGACCCACAGGUUCUUACCUCUAUCCGACAUAAGAAUAUCAUCAAGUAUUAUGACAUUUAUGAGAGUGAAGAGGAGAUCAUUGUGACAAUAGAAAGGUAUGAGUGUCGUCAUCAUGUUUUUAGCUGUAGAGCUUUUGGGGGUGAACUGUUAGAACGCAUAAUAGAGAAAAUUCAUUACACUGAAAUGGACGCCAGUCAUAUCAUAAAACAAGUUUUAGAAGCAGUUGCUUAUCUACAUUCGAAGAAUAUCGUAGGUCUGGCGAGCCUCCCGGAAAACAUUCUUCUUCCAAUCGCUGGCAAUGAUACCUACAUCAAGCUCAGCGAUUUUGGGUUAAGCAAGCUCAUCCGAAACGACGAUCAUUCGCUCGGAAACUGUCGUCCUCGGACCUUUUCCAUGGUUGGUUCCGACUACUACACAGCUCCUGAAGUUUUUCGCCAUAAAGGCUAUGACUACAAAGCCGAUGUGUUCGGAGUCGGGAUCGUGACUUUCACUUUACUCUGUGGUUACAAUCCGUAUUGUGGUCCUUCUGGCGCCUGCUUUCGAAAAGAAGGACUGUUGUUAGAAGAUCCUUAUUGGACGCAUAUUUCGCCCGCCGCGAAGGACUUUGUGACUUGGCUGCUUCAGACCGAUCCCGAGAAACGGCCCUCCGCGGAGGAGUGCUUAAAGCAUCACUGGAUUACUGUGGGAAUGAGGGAGGAGUGUGAGAAACAGGCGCCAGAGGAUGUCGUGAUAGAUGUGAAUCAGCCGUUCCGCGACCAUAUGACGCAAAGUCGCCGUCUUAGUUCGUAUGCCUAGUUCUUUUAGU